UUGCUUCGACCCAUUUGGAUGAGUGUCCUGUGAACCUGUCCACAGCUCUGAUCCUUCGCUUUCGGUUCGUCCAACAUCGAUCCAAUUCAGGCAUCAUGGCCGGCUGGGGGGCGGGCACGGGGGACGGGAGCAUUCAGUGUCACUGGAUGCAUCAUGACGUGUGCUGUACUGAUCGAGCCCAAGAACUUACGUGCGUUGGGCGUGGCAUCAGUGUAAAUGGAGUUGGUGGUGCAGUAGUUUCGUACUUUCGUGUGCACCACAAGGAGUGCAACGACGUGCACAUGCAAAUUCAUUGAGCCGCCAGCGGCUGCCACUGGUCACCGAUCCCGGUGUCGAUCGAUCGGUCCAUAUAAACUCAGCACCUCCACCUCAUACAGUCAUACUUGUAUCCAUCUGCAGUCAGCUAGGAGCAACAGAGAGCGAGCUAGACGCGUAGACACAUGCCGGGGCACAUGACGAUGAUGGCAUUGGCAUGGGCAUCGUCAUCACCCUCGUCAGUGAAGCUUCGCUUCGGCAGCGGAGGCGGCGGCAAGACGACGACGACGAGCGCGAUGCCGCUGGUCACGAAGCGCUCUUCUUCGUCAGCACACCUCCUCGGCCGCGGCCGGGCCCUGGCAGCGGCGGCGGCAACGGCGACCGCCGCCUGUGACGAGCAGCGCCUGCAGAAAGAAGAGCUGCUGAUUCGCCUGGACAAGGAGAGGUGGGUGGAGGAGCACAUGCUGUCGCUGCUCACCCCGGUGGCGGAGGCGUGGCAGCCCGCCGACCUCCUGCCCACCUUCGCCGCCGCCGCCGACGAGCAGCGGAGCCAGGUCGCGGAGCUCCAGGCCCGGGCCGCCGGCGUGCCCGACGAGCUCCUGGUCUGCCUCGUCGGCAACAUGGUCACGGAGGAGGCGCUGCCCACGUACAUGACCAUGGGCAACCGGACGGGCGGCGCCGCCAGCGACGCCACCGGCUGCGACGGCCACGGCUGGGCACGCUGGCUCCGCGGCUGGACCGCCGAGGAGAACCGCCACGGCGAUAUCCUCAACCGCUACCUCUACCUGUGCGGCCGCGUCGACAUGAGCCAGGUGGAGCGCACGGUGCACCACCUCCUCCGCGGCGGCAUGCGCAUCCUCGAGCCCUCCUGCCCCUACCACGCCUUCAUCUACGGCGCCUUCCAGGAGCGCGCCACCUUCGUCUCCCACGCCCGCACCGCGAGGCGCGCCGCGCUCCACGGCGACGCCUGCCUCGCCAGGCUCUGCGGGGUCGUCGCCGCCGACGAGAGGCGACACGAGGCCGCAUACACGAGGGCCGUCGCCAGGUGCUUCGAGGCCGACCCGGACGCCCUGGUGCGGGCGCUCGCGGCAGUGAUGCGCGCCAAGGUCACCAUGCCCGGCCAGUUCAUGACCGACGGCCGCGACGACGACCUCUUCCAACACUUCUCAGCGGUGGCGCAGCGAGCGGGGGUGUACACGGCGGCGGACUACGGCGACAUGGUGGAGCACUUCGUGCGCAGGUGGGGAGUGGCGGAGCUCGCGGGGCUGUCCGGCGAGGGGCGGCGCGCGCAAGACUACGUCUGCGGGCUGCCGCGCAAGAUCCGCAGGAUGGAGGAGCUGGCCCACGACCGCGCAGCCCAAAAGGAGACCCAGUCCGUAAGCUUCAGCUGGUUGUUCGACAGGCCCGUCCGUUUGCACUGAAACUUAGUUUGAGUUGGAGGCCCAUACCCCUCCUCAACUGAAAAGGCCCACCUACUGAACCUUCCUGGAGUACCUGGUAUUGUAUUGUGCCUAUAUAUAUUGUAAUUAAGCCUGGCUGCAUAUGAAGCAUACAACUAUAAAUGUGCACCUCUCGAAAACAAAGUAUGUAGGUUAGGCCAACUAUAUAUGAGCCUACCAAGUUCCUGUGCUGAAUAAAGCUUGAAGAAUUAGUACUACAAA